GGCACAAACCAGUAGAGCAGGAGAAACAAAAGAAAGAACAAAAAGACACGAGUUCUGUAAUUUAAUACUGGAAUGUAAUGGCAAGGUAUUUCCCCUGUUCAAAAGACAAUAGGAGCUCAGUUUUUGCGUGUGUGUGUGCUCAAGUACAGCUCAAGUACAAGUAAACUUUAGCCACUCCAGGAAGUCACUCAGUGUCAUGGAUUGCUUUGUGUUUUGCGUCUUCCUCUUGUCUGAGCUGCUGCCUCUUAGUGAGGGUAAGAAAAUGAUUUGUACUUUUUUUUGUUUUUACAUUUGAAUACAUUUUAGAUUAAACAUGUAAAAAUGUACAACACUCCCAACCCUAAGAUUUGGCCUUAGAUGCAGUGGCAAAGUUUAAUGUAGCUUAAAUGUGAGAAUUUGAUUUUUGUUUGUUUAUCUUUUCAACAGUGCAUGCUAAAUUAUUAAACUUGAGUAAAUGACUCAGAUAAUAGGAUUGUUCCAGAGAGUAAUGACCAUCACUUUAAUGUCACUCUCUAUUCAAAAAUGUACUGCCAGUGACUUUAAGGUUAUUGCCAAUGGGCUCUUAGUUUUAUAUUUAGACCUUGUUUAUUACAGAUGCCGUGCGAAGCGCAAACAACAACAACCACCUUCCGUGUUUUCAAAUUACGCCUCAGUGAGUGUCAUUUAUCAGGGCCAAUGCUGCCAGUGUCUGCAUGUGUAUCACUUAUAAAAAGGCAUGGAGAGUAGGAUCAGUGCCUUAAUCAUGAUAAUGCUUAGUAUUUAUUUAUAAGAUGAAACUUCAUAAGUUAAUAAAUACUGUUCACUUUAAUAUAACACAAAUUGUUGAAUACAAGCUGAGCUAAAACUCAACAGUUAACGUCUAUACAGAAAUAGACAUUUGCAUCUGUUACUCAGCUCCUUUUACAUAUCCUAGUAUAGGAUAACCUCUCAGGAUAAAGAAAGACUGCAUUAUGACCCAUUUUGCAAGUCGUCAGUGCCAAAGACUGCUUUACGACAUUGUUUUUUGGGCAAAAUCUUAUGAUCCUUAAAAUGGUUGUUCUAAUAAUUUGGAUGUGUCACCUUUUCAUCAACUCUUCAGCACAGACAACAACCUCGACUACUGCAAAAACAGGCUGUGCAGGACCACCAGCGCUGUGCUGCUCAGGUCAAAACCUGACCUGUUACAGAGGAUGUUUCUGUGACCAGUUCUGCAUGUCGUUCCUUGACUGCUGUGACGACUACAUAUCAACAUGCACAUCUAUUGCAACCACUACACUCACAACCAGAGGCAGUACAGCCAGAAGCACAUCUCCAACCUUUUCCACAGACACUCCAACAGCAGCAACUACUACAACAAGUAGCAGCAUCUCUACAGCGACAUCUCCAGAUGAGAACACAACUUCAUCAUCCACUGUCAGUGCUUCGACAGCGACAAACCGACCGAACACUACUGCAUCUUCAGAGACAUUUUUCCCAGCAUCAACCACACCAGACUUUAACACAACACCUGCACCAGCACAAACAAUCACCACCUCAGCAUCAACAGUCUCUUCGACUACAACACAGACAGCUUUAACAACUACUGCAGACAGUCACAUUUACACAUCUACAGAGGAUUAUGGACUCACUCCUUCCAUAUCAACAGGAGGAACAUCACAGUCUGAAAUCGGCGCUAGUGAUCAUACGAGCAGUGGCACCUCCUCACCAGCAGUUUACGCGUCAUGGAAAGUUUAUCUUAAAGCUUCUGUGCUGUCAAAUGACGACAAUGAAGAUUUGAUUUCACAGGCGGUGUCCAGGCUCCUGUCGCAGGUCUUCCACCAGCAGAACUGUGAAGACUGCACGGUGAAAGUCAAAGACAUCACAGCAACUUGACAAACCAUGAACAUUAGUACAGCUGUGUACUGUGACCACACAACCUCCAAAGCCUUUCUGAACCACAUUUAAAUGCUUCAAUUGUCUGUGGGUGUCCUCAGGUGACAGAACGACGUCAAUAAUCUCUACUAACAGGACUAACAGGCUGUGCUGCAAAGGAUGGAAUUCAAUCCACAUUUUAUUUACACUGAAAAAGAUUUCCUUACCAUGUACAGAAUGUGUUAGUAAGCAAAUGAAAUGUCAGGGAAUAAGGACAGGAAGUGGGAUGUCUCAUUUAUCACAUAUUGCAUAUUUAGCAUAUAAUGUCAUAUAUGUAUAUUCUGUAUAUGUUUUUAAGGCCUUUACUAAUUAUAACUUAACUUUAAUUAUGAUUAUAAUCAUGCAUUUACCACAAGGUGGAGUAAAAGCAGCACUUAACAUUAAAAACAACCAUCAGGCAGUUCCUCACUGUUUGGGCUACACAGUACAAAGUAUACAUGACAAAAAAAAUAAGCAUUACUAUUUGGAAAUAGUCUUUGUUUGUCAAAUAUAUGAAAUGCAGAAUAUAUGUCUUUUUUAAUCAUAUUUAUAGAAAUACUGUAUGGUAAAGUUAAGCUUCUUUUUGUUGUGUUUCGGCAACUUUCAGACCACAAAUUUUCAUUAUUCCUGUGUUUUUUAAUGUUUGGUACAAGUCACCAGGCUUAAGUCCAUUGAAGGGAGCUCAGAAAAUAAAAAUAAUAAAGAC